GUACGAACACGUAAGACGUUUUUGUAAUAAACAAAUAAAUAAAUAAACAAACUAUUUAAAAAAAAAAAAAACAAAUAAAAAUGCCGUGUUUUAUGCGAGAAAAAUGCCUAUCAUAUCGCCCUCGGCGAGACAAGACUAAGGAUAGGGAUGUGAUGGCGCCAAAGCCAGUGCAUCCUCGCGCUCUAAGAUUCCAUGGACUAUUUGGCAUGUCCUACGUACGCCAACAUGUUAUGGUCGAUGAGCGAUGGACACCCAACUCUUUGACCGAGCAAUUUGGCGGAAUGACAGAUUUGCUAAAUCGUCGUGUCAUCUACAAAAAAUAUGAGACCAAGACUAAUCGACAACGAUACUUUCGGGAAAGUAAACGAUUGAAAUUGCAGUGUCGGGAUGGACGUGUUAAGCUACAGAAUAUACUCUCUGGGAAUAAUACUCAUAAGAUACGAAACUUUUUAAUCAAACAUAGGGACAUGCAACGUCUUUAUCAAAGGAUGCCCAUUCAUCAAGUUGUGGACAAUAUCAAUCAGCGCACAUUUGUUCUACGCAAAGAGCGAGAUCGCCUUGAAUUCCGUCUAGAUCAACGCAAGCAUGAAUACAGGGAAUUAUUGCUGGAUCGCGCAGUGUUAGAAAAUCGCAUCAAGUAUCGAAAUGAGUUUGUGCUAGAGGAAGAGCUCAAAUCACGUAUUUUUAUUAAAAAAAUUGAGAACUCAAAUGUGCGUUUGAAGGCCAUUAAAACCAUAAAUAAUACCUACAAGAAAAUUAUACAAGUGCUUCUCCACGAUGAAAUUUUUUAUGAGCCCAUACUUCGCUCUCUCAGCGGUGACAUGGAGGAUCAGUCGAAUUUCAUAAAGCAUAUUCUCUAUCUGGGCAUUCCGGCCAUCGCGAAGUUCAAAGAGCUUAAUAUAGAAUUUCGGCAAAUUGAGGAUAAGUCGCGUAAGAACCUGCAAGCCAAGAUGCAAAUGCUAACAUCGCUGCAGAAACAACCAACCACCCAGAUCAGGAAUAAGGAAGAGAUAUCGAAAACAGCAGAUCCAAAGCGUUAUGUACGUGAGACGCGAAGCAUGAUGAUUUUAAAGCUGGUGCUAAAGUCCAUAGAGAGCACCAUUAAGGAGGUGAAAUUUGUUACAUUGUGCUCACAGGCCAAGGAAAUUUAUCCACGGAUGAAGAGUCAGGUGGAUAACAAUGUGAAGCUGCAUCGAUUAAUCGAGAAUGAUAUGCUGGGUCAUGAGAUGCUCGAGACCAAAAUGAAAUGCGCUAAUGUGCUCAAGGGCGUACUCGUAAACAAUUUGUCUGAAGAGGAAAUAAACCGACUGGAGCGUAUCAGGGACUUAAAAAAUAUAUUGAUUGAAGAAGGAGAGCAGGAAAAGGCAACAAUGGAGCAUAUCAAGAACCGUGGCAAGGCAUAUGUUUUAUUGCGUGUUAACAUUUGGAAUUUGAUUGAAAUUCUACGUCAUGUUGAUCGACCGCCUAGAUCAUUGCGAUCCCAUUAUCCAAAUUCGUAUCUGAAGUUGCCACUCCUGAAAUUCGAAAUGUUAACUAUGCGUGCUGCAGCCCCAGAGAUUUAUGAGGAAAACAUUGAUAAUGUGAUGCACUUGCUGAAACGAAAGGUUUACAAACUAAUGAAGGGCUACUUGGUAGAGAUGAAGCCGGCAAUGAUUCAGCGCAAUAAGGAGGAGUAUCAUAUCGAUUUCUUGGCCAGUCGUUACUAUUAUGAGGCCGCCGAGGAUGACGACCAACAGGCUGUCUCCCAAGAGCAAGAUUUGCUGCAGGAAAACAAGACCAUGGCCCAUAUACCAAAUCGCAAACAAAUUAAGGCGGCAAGUGCCAAAUUCCUCGAAGACAUGGCCAAACGCGAUGACUAAAUUUCAGUUAUAAAUAUCAAAUUUUAAAGUCAUUAGCGUAGCACUAAACGUUCAGUGUUUGUAUGUGUCUGUCCAGAUUGUAAAACGACGAACCGUAUAAUAAAAUAGCACAGAGAAGAAUUAAUAAA